AUGUUACCUUUCACUUCCUUCUUCUUCACCCUACUCACUUUGCUGAGUAUUGUGACUACUGGCACAAGCUUCUGUCUCCCCAAACAGACGACAGGACCCCAAUCUACACCAACACCGACACCAACACAGGCUAUGCCAGACACUACAAACCUUCCCGGUCAUGUGUUCGUAGAGAGACAAGAGAGGAACAACGCCAACCCGUCAGUCUUCAACCCUCCAGUGACCGCAGCUCCCACGCAAGAAGAGGCGCUGGCGAGUCUGGGAUGGAAGCAAACAACCUACUACGAAUGCAAGACGAGGGACGGCCAGGAGCGCUGUGGGUGGCAUAUCCCUGUCUACAAAGCCGCGGCUCAGGGUCGCGCAGGCGAGAUUGUGGGGUGGAAAGUUGUUGUUGGGAUCGCUUUGGGGUUAGCUAUGCUGUUGUACGGAGGAUGGUGGUAA